AUGAACACCAUCAACUCUGGAGUAGUAUCUCAACAACCAUGCCAAUACCUAUUGGCCCAUUUAGCUGAAAUCUCAGCCUCCAAUCCAGCCCACGAACGCUUUUACGCACUUCAAAGGUACCCAAUGUACAGCCCUGGGUCUACGUGCAGCCCUCUUUUCUACUGCGGCAAGCAGACUAGACGUACCAGAGCCGCUCGACGACUGCUCAACGCCCGCCUUACAAGAAAACCUAGCCACCGCUUCUCCAACCGUCCGACCUCAUCAGUCGACGACUGUUCAAGAGCUAGCAGUUCAGACUCGGUUCGAUCUGGACUUCAACAUCCCCUCAUGCCACACACAAAUGUAGAUGCCAUCCCAUUCUAUCCAAAGAUAUUUUUGGGUGAGUGCGAACGGUGGAUCCUUCACAUCAAAGAAUAA